AUGACCGUCUUUUUCACCGAAAGCUGGCGCCUCGGUCCCGCCGACACCAACUUCUACGUGCGAGUCUACGAAGCUAGCGACGCUCGCGCCAUCCUCGUCUUUGUGCAUGGCGCGGCUGAACAUUGUGGCCGCUACACCGACAUGCACACCGCGCUUGCGCGUGAUCACGGCAUUUUGGUGUUUGCCUACGACCUCCGCGGCUAUGGUCGGACUGCGAAGGAUGGCACCCACAAGAGCCCUGCCUCUCGGAGGCUCAACAGCAAUAUAAGCUUCUUCCGGUCUUCGUUAUGGGCUGUUCAUUCGUGGGUCGCACAUCUAGGCGGGACGACGGUGCUCGGGUUGAUGACCGACCCUGCUCGCAAAGAGAAUCCGGCGGUCAAGCUUGUCCGCGGGGUUGUCGCCGGCAGCGCCACGCUUGCACUCACCAAGCCCCCGCCCGCACCCGUCGUGUGGCUGUUAACGCAGAUUGCUCGUGUUUCCCCAUGGACGUUGUUUCCCGUGCGCAACAAGACUGAAGACUUGUCGCGUAACACGACGACCGGACAAGAGUACGAGGACGACCCUCUUGUCGGCGUUCCCGGCAGUCUCAGGUGUCUUUCGUCCAUGAUCAAGCAGGGUGAAUUAAUCCAACGCACGCCGGAUAAUUGGCCCAGCGCUCUCCCAAUUCUCUUCGUUCACGGUGACGCCGACGCGCUUGCAUCCCAUACCGCCACUCAGAAGUUUUAUAUGAACAUUUCUGCUGACGACAAAACCUGGAUAACCUAUGCAGGAGGUACGCAUGAGUUGCACAAUGAGCCUGAUGGGAUCCGGGAGAAGUCGCUGAGGGACAUAGCCGUGUUCAUUCAAAGUCACUGCUGA